AACUUUUCAGAAAACAAAAAGACAUGGACUAGAAAGAGAAUUUUAUGCGCAUUUCGAAUAUGAACUUUGUUUUGAAAUACACCCUUUUCUUCAUCCUGUGGAUGCAAUUCUUUUUUACCAACUUUUAAAAUUAUAAUUUUAAAAGUAUCGAGCAGAUGGCCGAUUUGCUGUAUCAUGGUUCAUCUACUCAGGUUUGUUAUAAUUCAUCUUUAUGCGGCGAUGGGCAUAAUGGUAGUGGUUAUGUAUGUCAAACAAUAAAUGCAUUUAGUAUUGAUAUUACUGAUAUGACUACGCAGCAUUCUAUCAUUUAUUAGACAAAUAUUUUUCUAUUUCAUGCGGUCGUUUUCUAUCAAAUAAUGUUGAUUAUUCAAAGUUGUUCCAUUGUACUAAUUCAAAACAGUAUAUUUCAAACUAUCGACUAAGGGAUUAGAUUAUUGAUUGUGCUAAUGGAAUUGACGAGAAAUAUAAGCAAGGUGACGUAUGUUCACUUAAUUUAACUAAUCGAUUUAAACGUUUAAAAGAUCAGACAUGCAUUGAACAUCAACGUAUACCGACAACAUCUACAAAAAGUGAAUGUUAUUAUCCAUAUUCAUUGUCAUUGCUGUGUGAGCAUAAUCCAUCGGAUCUUGGUUGUCAAUAUAUUCGUGGUGUAGUUGAAAUAGAAGAAACAUAUUUUUUUUUCAAGAGAAUUAUUUCCAUGUCUUCUCCUACAAACAAGUUAUCAAAUGUUGAAAAUAGAAUCGUACCAUUCUUCAAUUGCCAUCGAGGUAUUCCAAUUGAAUCAAAGGAAGGAAACAGAUGCCUUUGUCCACCAUCGUAUUAUGGAGAUUUAUGCCAGUAUCAGAGUGAACGUCUAACCAUUUAUCUUCAAAUUGAGACAUCAUCUGAUGAUGAUUAUCAUGAAACGGCUUUUAAAUUUUUAAUUUCGUUAAUGAGCGAGGAGCAAAAUAACACAACAUUAAUUGUCGUCGAUUCUGAAGAAAUUCUUCAUUUUCCGUACAAACAUUUAUCUUUAUUUAAACAUUUGUUCUAUUUAAAUUAUCCAUCGGAUAAAAAGACGAAACAAUUUUAUGUAAGAAUUGAUAGUUUUAUUGUCACAACUACAAGUGUUCAGUAUCAUUUAUCGUGGUACUAUUCAGUUCAAUUUUCUUUUCUGCCUGUUAAUCGUCUAGCAUUAAUAUUGAGACCUAAUAAUGAUAAACGAUAA